AUGACUGGAACUGCGUUGGUUUCGAGAAUAAAGGGAGAAUUUGAUUUGCUUGGCGUCGUCAUGGACAAGAUGAGUGAAGCGACGCUAUUUAACGCACUGGCGUGGAUAGAGACGCUUAAGACACGUGAAGACAUUGACUCUCAAAAAAUAGACGCUGCAUUGUCCCGUCUCACCGAAGCAUUUGGCGUGGAUAUUCACAAUGAAGAGCAAAAAAUACAGAUGAAAGUCAAUGGUGAGGCUUCAUUUGACGAGAUCUUUGCUGCUGGACUUAAGGCUUUGGACUUGGAGAUGGGGACAGCCAAGUCGGCAGUCGACGAAGAUUCCGUUGUUAAAAAGCACCCGGAGCUGUGGAAGAAGUGGCUGGCAAAACUAGAGACCAAGGGAUUUUUUAAGGAUACGACUCAUGGGUCCAGUGAAUAUGCCAUGCGGACGUCCAAGGCGCUGGCCAAGUUUAAAGAGAAAUUUGGAGACGCAAAGCCCGAGAUGUCCAAGGAGGAGAAAGAAGCCAAAGCUGAGGAGCUAAAGGCUCAGGGCAAUGAAGCACUGAAUCGCCAAGACUACGAAGGAGCUGCCAAGUUGUAUCGCGAGGCGUUAAAGUUGUCAGCGGACGGACCUUCGUCUCAUAUUUACCACUCAAAUUUGGCGGCAGCUCUGUUGUACUUGGGCAAAUACUUUGAGGUAAUUGAUCACUGUGAACAGUCGAUCUCGUUGAAGCCGGCGUACGUGAAAGCGUACUCGCGGAUGGGAAGUGCUCAGAUACAGCUGAAGGACUUUGACGGUGCUGUAGACACAUUCCGACGUGGACUUGAGGUGGACAGCGCGAAUGCUGCUUGUUGCGACGGACUUGCAGAAGCCGAGCGCAAGCGCAACCAAAUGCAGACAACUCCCGCAUCUUCGACUUCAGGAACAGCACCGCCAGCUGGAGGCGCAGGAGGCAUGCCUGACCUGUCGAAUCUGGCAAGUUUGCUUGGUGGUGGUGGAGGCGGCCUUGCCGACAUCAUGAACAAUCCACAGAUGAUGCAGAUGGCCCAGGGUAUGAUGCAGAACCCGCAGAUGAUGCAGAUGGCGCAGAAUAUGAUGCAGAAUCCGGACAUGCUGAACAAUCUCAUGGGGUCCAUGGGCGGCGGAGCUGCUCCAAACAGCAGUGUUGGUGCUGGUGCUAGUCUGGUGCUGGAGGCGGCAUGCCCGACAUGA